AUGAAGGCUAUUAGGCGGUCCUUGAGGGGAGGCGAGAAGUUCCCCAAAGAGCCCAAACUUCAUCCUCACCACAUUUCCAUCACACCCAAGUCGGCGCUGGCGAUCCUGCCCCCCAAGAAGGUAAUCAAAGCUCUCUACGACUAUCACCCGGAACCUGGUACCACCCAGGAGUUGGCUUUCAGCAAGGGGGACUUCUUUCACGUUAUCAGCAGGGAGGACGACUCUGACUGGUACGAAGCCUGUAAUCCGCUCAUCCCUUCCGCUCGAGGGCUCGUGCCCGUCUCCUUUUUCGAAGUGAUUGGCAAGUCUGAACGGAACAGUGGGGGUUCGGACGAUCAGGUUAAAAAGGUACAACACGACUCGGGCUUUGCCGACCGCAGUUCCGCCUCCGACUCUGCUCCCAUCAAAAGCGGCUCUACUUUUAGAAUGUCGACUCUCAAGGGCCAGGGCGCCAUGGUCUACGGUAUCGUCCAGUACGAUUUCCAGGCGGAGCGUCCCGAUGAGCUGGAUGCCCGCGCUGGCGAGGCCAUCAUCGUCAUCGCCCAGUCCAACCCAGAAUGGUUCGUCGCAAAGCCUAUCGGCCGCCUGGGAGGGCCCGGUCUGAUUCCCGUCUCGUUUAUCGAGUUGCGCGACAUGCAAACCGGUCAGGCUGUUACCGACCCGCUCGAGGCUGUGCGACGUGCCGGUGUUCCCAAGGUGGAGGAAUGGAAGAAGAUGACCGCCGAAUAUAAGAACAGUAGCAUCACCCUCGGCAAGAUCGACAGCCAUUCCACCGGAGGUAAUGGAAUGGUUGCGAUCACUGGGGGCAAGGCGAGCCUCAUCCACCAGCACUCACACUCUCCUUCGCAAGGCUUCAAUCAGCCCCUCGCUCCGGUCGCCGCCUCGAUUCCCCGCUAUUGCUUCGACAACGACAAAUACUGGUACAUUAUCGAGGCGAAGAUGGAGGACGGCCGCUGCUGGGAAUUAUCACGAUACUACCACGACUUCUACGACUUCCAGAUUGCGCUCCUCACCCAAUUUGAGGAUGAGGCGGGCAAUCGAGGCCGCCCCCGAACUCUCCCCUUCAUGCCCGGCCCAGUUACUCACGUCACCGAUGCGAUUUCGAACGGCCGUCGUCAAAAUCUCGAUGAGUACAUUAAGAAGCUCCUCUCGAUGCCCCCGCACAUUUCUCGGUGCCAGCUUGUCCGCCAGUUGUUCGAGCCCCGCGAAGGCGACUUCGAAAUCGACCCCAAUGCUUUCGGCGAGGAGGCACGAUAUUCGAGCCAAUCUCACCAUUCAUCAGCCGGUGAAGGUGCGCAGACGAUCUCUCGCCAGUCAUCACAAGCUCCCAUGAACGCACCUCCGGAGCGUGCUUCAGCUCGUACCCCUGGUCCUUAUGGAGCCCCACCUCCUAUGAACCGUCAAGCCAGCUCUCUCACCCAGAGCUCCCAGAGCUCUAAUCAGGCCAUGAAGGUCAAGGUCUUCUUCAAGGAUGACCUCAUUGCUGUGCGCAUUCCUUCUGGCGUCAGCUUGCAACACCUCAAGGACAAAUUGUCUGGUCGUCUCAAGAUCGAUCAGGAUAUCAUUAUCCAGUACAAGGAUGAUUCGUCCGGUCUUUACAUUGAUCUGAACACCGACCAAGAUCUCGAAAACGCCAUGCGAAGCGUGGUCAAGCUGACCCUCUUCGUCAGCCUUGCAUGA